GCCUUCAUCAUCACCACCACCAUCAUCCUCAGAGGAACACGGACAGGGAGCCCUCUGACCCUCGCCCCGCUGGGUCGCCAUGGCAACGGUCAUCUGCACUCGUUUCACUGAAGAGUAUCAGCUGUACGAGGAGCUGGGCAAGGGAGCCUUUUCCGUGGUGCGGCGCUGUGUGAAGGUGCUCUCAGGUCAGGAGUACGCCGCCAAGAUCAUCAAUACCAAGAAACUGUCUGCAAGAGAUCAUCAGAAGUUAGACCGUGAAGCUCGAAUCUGUCGUUUGCUGAAACACCCCAACAUCGUUCGGCUACAUGACAGCAUCUCAGAGGAGGCGCACCACUACCUGAUCUUUGACCUGGUAACAGGUGGAGAGCUGUUUGAAGAUAUUGUAGCCAGAGAAUAUUACAGUGAAGCUGACGCCAGUCACUGUAUCCAGCAGAUUUUGGAGGCGGUGCUACACUGUCACCAGAUGGGCGUGGUCCACCGAGACCUGAAGCCGGAGAACCUGCUGUUGGCCUCUAAGUCUAAAGGAGCCGCCGUGAAACUGGCCGACUUUGGCCUCGCCAUCGAGGUGGAGGGAGACCAGCAGGCCUGGUUCGGCUUUGCCGGGACUCCAGGGUAUCUGUCUCCAGAGGUUUUAAGGAAGGACCCGUACGGAAAAGCAGUCGACCUCUGGGCCUGUGGUGUGAUUCUCUACAUCUUAUUGGUCGGUUACCCUCCUUUCUGGGAUGAAGAUCAACAUCGUCUCUACCAGCAGAUCAAAGCUGGAGCUUAUGAUUUUCCUUCUCCAGAGUGGGACACAGUGACCCCUGAAGCCAAAGAUCUCAUUAAUAAGAUGUUGACCAUCAAUCCGGCCAAACGGAUCACAGCGGCUGAGGCGCUCAAACACCCCUGGAUCUCUCAUCGCUCCACGGUGGCGUCCUGUAUGCACAGACAGGAAACGGUCGAGUGUCUGAAGAAGUUUAACGCCAGGAGGAAACUGAAGGGAGCCAUUCUCACCACCAUGUUGGCCACCAGAAAUUUCUCCGGAGGAAAGAGCGGCAGCAACAAGAAGGCCGACGGGGUCAAGGAAUCGUCUGAGAGCACGAACACCACCAUCGAGGAUGAAGACACCAGAGUGAGGAAACAGGACAUCAUUAAAGUCACCGAGCAGCUCAUUGAGGCGAUCAGCAACGGAGACUUUGAGAGCUACACUAAAAUGUGUGACCCGGCUGUGACGGCAUUUGAGCCCGAGGCGUUGGGGAAUCUGGUCGAAGGCCUCGACUUUCACCGCUUUUAUUUUGAAAACUUGUGGUCUAAGAACAGUAAGCCGGUCCACACCACCAUCCUGAACCCUCACAUCCACCUGGUCGGGGAUGAGGCCGCCUGCAUCGCUUACAUCAGAGUGACGCAGUACAUCGACGGCAACGGGACGCCUCGUACCGCCCAAUCGGAGGAGACCAGGGUGUGGCACCGCCGCGACGGGAAGUGGCAGAUCGUCCACUUUCAUCGCUCAGGCUCUGCCUCAACGCUCAGCAACUAACUUCCAGAGUGGGUGGGUCUUUGAUGGGGCCACCAUCGCCUUGACAACAGAUUGAUUGACAGCUGGCCAGGCGUCUGACACCAACCGUUCGGGAUUUUGUUGGGGAAGUUUGACAGAAAGAAAAUGGAGGAGAAGACGAGGGUGGGGGCCAGAAAGCUUCACUCCAGCUAGUCCAGUAGUGAACUGCAUAAUCAAUCGAUCAAUCAAUCAACCAACCAAUCAACCAAUCAGCUUCCUCUUUUCGGCACGUCAGGACUUUGUUUCAGCCAUGCCCCGUUGUGAUUAGCCAAUCAGCUGCACGGUGCAGGUUGCACUAAUGUGUGGAAACCUCGAAUCUCCAGCUUUAAUCAGCCUCCUGAUUGACAGGACCGACGCCUCAAAGUUAAUUAGCCCCUCGUUUCCCCAGAAAACACACAAACACUGAAUCUACAGCAGGAUGUUUCAGGUCAGCAGCCCUUAACUUUCUCCUUAAUUAACGCAGUGUUGGUAAAUAUUUGAGGAACCCAUUAUUAACGAGCUCACUGUGCUUUUAAGCUUAGGGGAGUUUGGUUUACAUCAGGGCUCUGAAAUAUUUUCAGCUGCAAAUUAGUGUCAUUUUACGAGACUGUUUUUUAGCAGGUUUAGCAGAUUUGGGACAAUUAAGUAGGUACAGACUAAAAAAUAUAUUACACAGGGUUUAACUGGUUUUCACGGGACGAAACCCCCUUAAAUAUUAUGUUAAUGAUAAUAAUAAUAAUGUAAUAAAGUUAUGGUUAAACCUUAAUAUGUAUUUUAAAGGCUCUUUAAAAUACAUAUUAAGUUUUCAAUAUAUAUGGAUUCAAUAUGUAACAAUCUAUACAUUUUUUCAUUGAAAUGCCAUGAAAAUACAAAUCACAGCCUUUAAAAGUGACCAGAUACCAUGAAAAGCAUCUCUGAGUUUGUACCUUAAACUUAGCUUAAUUUUUCAUGUAAGGGGCAAACUCAUUAUUGGCUUUGUUGCUUGCUACAAGUAACAGUGUUCAGUGCAUCCAUUAACUAGUGAAUAAUGAAUGGAUGCUAAUGUAACGGGGGCCUUUCAUGGACUAAGACGUCGGUGACUGAAUCCAAGCCGGGAGCUUUUUAUCCCGUGAUGACUCAACAUUUCCUCUUCCUAGUCUUCUGGGAGAUACGAGAUUUCCACCUGAAAGUGAAGACUAUAAGGAAUAACAAAUAAAAUCAUAAUAUGUUACGUACACAGAGGCCAUGAGUCGCCAUGGUUACUAAUUAUGAUUUAGACCCAUUAUCUUGUGAUCACAUCCUGGGCCGUAACCGGGAUUUUAGGAAUACUGGGAUCAUGAGUCCAAAACCCCUCGACUUCCCCAGGUUUAAAAUUAUUUCAGUUUAUCGUUGUUUACAUAUUAGAUUCAUUGCUCAAUACUAUUUUCUCUUUUUUAUGCUUCUAUGCUUUUUAUCCCCUGAACCCGAGAAGAACGUCUCCAGUAAUCGACAUUAAGUCAAGUUUCCGUGGGAACAAAAACACGAACGCUGUAGUCGAAGCUUCGUUUUCUGUGCAGUUUGUUGCUCGACAUGAUCUAAAUUCUGUUUGAAGGAAUCUUUGAUAUAUUUAUUGAACAGUAUUGGUUUAAAGUAUUAGUCAAAUUAGUGUCCUAGUCUCCUGGAAUGUGUUUGAACUAGUGAAAAUAAUGCUCAUCAUCUGUUUGCUUUUUUGACAGAGUUUAUUAUUGAGUUUCCUCGUCAGACAAUGAUUCAAAUAAAUGAUUUGAUCUUUUGUGAGCAGCACAGGAAAAGAAUUUUAUCUCAGGACAAUUUUGUUGUGAUCUUGAGAGGAUCUGGCCUAAAAAAUGAUCAGCAACCAAAGCAGCUCUCGGCCUCCGUACCUGUAUCAUCCUACAGAGUAAAUGUAAUGUUCAAUAUUGAACAAGCAGGGCAGGAAGUGCUGAAAACGUGCCGACGGUCAGGUUUGGAUGUACGAUGCUCAUCUCUCUGCUUCCAUCAGGCUCGGAGAGCUCCAGAAGCUUCCAGCGCUCUCCGACCUGCGAUCUUCCAUGACCAACCACACCUCCGCUCAGACCAGCCGCCCGCCUCCACCCCGACCCCCCCGCCAGGUGUCCUAGCGAGCAGGACCUUAAUGAGGUACCGUAAUGAGCCGUCUGUCCUCUCCGGGCUUCGUCGGCAGAAGAAACCUUAUCUGUCGGGCCAAGUUGCAAAAUGUGUUAGUCUUAAAAGCAGCCGGUUUCCUGUGGGAGGAGAAGGAAAGUAGGGAGGGAAAGAGGAAGGAAGUGGUUGCUGAAGGAAGCAAGGAAAAAGGAACUAAGGACUAAGGGAAGGAAUGAAGGAAACAUGAGAAGGAACAGAUUGCACUCUGAUUUUGUUUCAUCCCCCAAAUCCAAAAUAAAUCAAAUCUAAUUACAGUAUAACACCUUUAAACUCAAUGAAACUGAAAUUCAACCGUCAACAUGUUUCUAGAAUGUGACGAUAAUUAUGUUUAAACACAACAAAUGUGUAAACUACAAUAAACUCGUGAGUGCAGAGUCCCAGAAGAAGGAAGAAGUAAACGACAAGUCAGAUGUUUUAAUGAACGUGUGAAUCGUUAGUGAUGUGACUGAAAUCAUUUAAAUAUUUUCUUUUCUUAGGCAGAUGCUGAAGUUGACUUUAGAGAAACAGAAAAAAUAGUGAUAUUUUUCGUCCGAUAAAUGCAACUUGAAUCCCGUUUUUGUGGCAAUAAUUCUUAUAGAUACUUACAUUCAUACUCAUACUUGCUAAAGCCGUAGAGUGAUCAGAUUCUAUUUAUCUAUUCUGGCAGAUUAAUUUCCCUCUCACUCUCAUAAAAAAAAAAAAAAAAAACAUUAAAAGGCUCGAGUUUGAAAUGUGACAUUGGCGAAUGAUUAGUGUGAAAAAAUGAAGUGAGCUCAAAAUAAAAAGAAGCCGAGGAAUCGAUUUAAUAUUUCCUCAUUCAUGUUUUCAGUUAUACAUUCGAGAUAUCAGAGAACUUGUGGUGGUUUUUGUCUCUUCUGGGACACCGUACAGAAGGCCGUCCUACUCUGGUGUUUCCGUUGUGUUGGUCUGUCGGGGGUGUGGUCGCUGUGUGAAACCUCAUAUCUCCGUUUGUUUUAUUUUUUCAGGAGCCUUAAUGAUCUAAUAACCGAUUCAAAUUUAAAAUGGCAUCUUAGGUUGUGGCGUGAAAUAUUAACCUGCCCGCUCAGAGUCGCCGCGUUCGUUUCGUUUCAGGAGAUAUGAGGUUUUGUGGUAAUUCUAAAAACAUUAGAAUUUUGAAUGCAGUUCUGUACAGAGAGCUUGUAUUUCUUCCUCUAAAGUAAUGGUGUUUACUUUCUGUACAGAUUAUGUGAUUUGCUGCAUGCCGGACUUGACUUUGUGUUUUGUGUUUCGGCUUCGGUCUCCGCUGCGUUUCGCUGUUCGCGGCCGUCGACUUAGUUUCCAGAUCUCCGGCGACUUGACUCGGACUUGUUAGCUGCGCUAGCAUUCCUCGCCGGGAGCGACGGUGUCUGCUAGCCGCGGACUGACUAAACACCGGCGGCGCCGACUUUGAUAUUCUGCGACUUUUGACCCGCUGUGUUCGUCUCAGAGGCUUUAAGCAGCUUUUUACCAUCGGGAGAAUGUAGAACUUUGUACAAUCAGAUUCUUACUAUGAUGAUGAUGUUAUUACUCUCAGUAUAUCGCGUUUGUAUAUUUUUAAUGUUCGAAUCAGACUUCCAGUGCAAGCGUCGUGUGAAUCACCCUGUAGAGAACACAUUGUGUUUAUUAGCUCUAUUACUUUUGUUAGUAGGAUAUGCCUCAUAGAGUGUGACACAAGUUCCCUUAGCAAACGCUGAACGUGUUGGCCACAGCACCGCUGCCCUUCGUUUUACAUCUCGGUGCCAUUUGGCGUCCCGGCUCAGGAAACACUCAAAGUACCGGGGAGCCUUAACAUCAGGUCAAAGGUCGACUGGGCGGUAUUUUCCAACUGACCUGUGAGCUACAAGGCUUCAGAUGGAUAUAGACCGGGGCAGGGUCUCUUUGAUGAUGUCACCAUUGAAACCAGCUGGACAGGCUGGGGUUACACUGCAGGAUGGAGCCUGUUACUGGUGCUCACUUGUUUACUUUUAACAGUUUCAAAAAAAAAAAAAGUGGCUGGACACAAGCAGAAAACCAUCAAUUGCAAUCGGAAUUGAGUCUGUGAGUCUGUGUAACUGUCUCAGGACUUUUUCCUAAUUCCAGGGUAAAUUAUUCUUCACUGAUGUUCAACAUCAUUGAGCUCAAAUUCGGAUCCGUGCUAACGCUAACGCUAACGCUGCAGGACUGCGCACUCUUCCAGAUUUCAAGGUUUUCCUGUGAUUACUUCCCUAGAAUAUACUUCACAUUACACUUUUCUUGUUCAAACCGAACAUUCUCACCAUAAUGUAAGUUUGAUUUAAAUACAUACAGUUGAUUUUUUUCUAAUUGUCUGAUAUUAUACUUUAAUGUUAACUAGAUUAAUCGGAUUAUUUGGUAAUAUUUUAACUCCUGAACCAAGAGACGUGUUAGAAAGUGAUGGUUUGUUUUCAUAAUGCAGGAAUCGAUGGCAGACGUAUUCCAGAGAGCAUGUUUACCAAAAACUGCUCUUUGCUAAUUAAAAAAAGAGGGAGGAGAUAUACACAGGUUUGAAAACAGUUCUUAAACGAGCAGAUUUUGGGAGGAGGCUAAU